AUGGAAAAAAUGUUUAAAACAACUAAAAAUUAUUUAUGGGAUGUUGGAGAUAAAGUUGGUAGUAGUACAACAUCAGAUGUUUACAAAGCAUGUAAUAUAACAACACGAGAACAAGUGAUAGCUAAAGUUCCGAAACUUACAUCAUUAUUAUUCAAUAUUGAAUUUAGUCAUAGAACUGAUAACGAAGAUAAAAACUAUUCACAUUCGAUAUUUGUUGAAAAUGUUGAUUUUCUUAAGAAUAUUAAUCACGAUAAUAUUGCUCGUUUUAUUGGUACAGAAAUAAUCACUUCAUCAGAUAAUUUAAAUGGAUUUCCGAAUCAAGAAAUAUUAUUUUUUGAAUAUUGUAAUGGAGGUAGUGUUCAUGAUAUGCUUCAAUUACCAGCUAAUGUAUAUGGUUUACCUGAAGAUAUCAUAAUACAAAUCAUGAAGGAUAUCAUUAAUGCACUUAAAUAUUUACAUAAUAAAAAAAUUCAUUGUAAUAUAAAGCCAAGCAACAUUAUGCGAACGAUUGAUAUUAAUAAUAAAGUAAUAUAUAAAUUAACUGAUUUAGUUGUGAAUCGAGAAAUUAAACAAGACGAAGUAACAUCGAAUUCUAGUCAUGAUACAGCAAAAUAUGUUCAUCCAAUUGUAUAUCAUAAUAAUCCUCCUGAUAGAAAAGUAAAUAGUGAUGGGAAUAUUAUUGGAACACAUGUUUCAAUUCCAUUUGAAAUUGAAAUAUGGUCAUUCGGUGUAACACUCUAUCAAUGUUCUACAGGUCAAUUGCCAUUUCAACCAUAUAAUAAUACAAAUAAUGACCGAAAUCUAAUGAAACAAAUCUUAACAUCAAUACCAAUGGGAUGUAUUUCAGGUAUACAAGAUACGUAUAAUGGUGAUAUUCGUUGGUCAAAAGUCUUACCAGAAUGGUGUCGUUUAUCAUCAAAUCUUAAGAAAAUGUUAGAAAAAUUAUUCUCAUGUUUAUUUGAAACAAAUCAAGCACGAUUAAUGAAACAUGAAGAAUUUUUUAAUGAAGUUAACAAAAUAAUUGAUUUAAUUCCUAUUUAUUAUAUUAAUUUAAAAAAAUUUACAUUAACAUGUGCUUAUUUUCAAGCUGAUGAUUCAAUUCAUAAAUUUUUCGAUUAUAUUCGACAAGAAAAUGACGAUGAAAUGAACGUUGAAUAUUUUUGUCUUUUUCAAAAUGUAUAUUAUCCUGUAUUAAGAACAGAAGAAACGACUGUGAAAACAUUUUGUGAACAAUUACCUAUGUCAUUAUCAUAUGAAAAACCUCUAAUUAUUUAUACAUUUUCAAUAUCAAAAUUCGAUUAUAAAUGUAUAUCAGAGAUCCAUAUACCUAAGAUACAAUUAAUGGAAAAUAUUCAAGAUAUUUUUGCUUCUGUAUAUGAUUGGAGUCAGAAAAUAGUUGGACUUUUUUUCUAUUUACAAACGGGCGUAAUUCAAUAUGAAUCUAUUAUGCAAAUAAUUCAAUCGACAAUUAUGACUAUACAUCGUCUUCUUAAAUCGAAAUUACUUGAACUUCUUUAUUUAAUUCGUAAAAAUCUUCUUAAUCAUCAAAUUACUCAUGAACUUGAAAAGAUAUUUGAUUUAAUUAAACCACAAUCAUCACCAAAACCUAUUCGUUCAUGUCAUAAAUCAAUAAUUAAAUCUUCCGAUACUAAUGAAACAUCUGAAGAACAAAAUUUUUCAAAAAUAAGACCUAUGUUAGAUUUAUCAUUGAAUUUUUAUCAUAAAUCAAUCGAAUAUGAUAAAGAUUUAUCCACAAUUCUUGAUACAAAUUUUAAUGAUAAUGAACGAAUGUUUCAAUUAAGUAAUCUUUCAACACAAAUGAAAAAUUAUUCAAUGUAUAUUCAACAAAUUAAUAAACAUGUUCAAGAUGCAACUGAUCUCUGUGAAAGAUUUCGACAUGAUACAACGAUUACUAGACCUAGUCAACUUCAAAUGGUGUCGAAUAUAAUACGACAAAAAAAUCUUAAAAAACUUUAUGAUCAAUAUAUUCAUUUUGUUAAUGAAGGAUGCUAUCCAUUAAUACUUGAAUUUUAUAAUGAAUUUAAAAAAUGGAUUAAACAACAAGCAGAUAUUUAUUUUCAUAUUCAACAAAUUCAAUUUGUAUAUGAAUAUGAAUGUAGUAUAAGUAUUUCGACUGAGAAUUUUCGUCAAAUAAUUAAUGAUGAACUUCAAAAAUUAAGUCAUAAUCACACUCAUUUAUCUGACGUUGACUCAAAAUACAACUCUAACAUUCAGCAAUUAACAACUGUGCAAAUGGGUGAAAGUAUAAGUGAUACAACAAUGGUGUAUAUUGGACCACUGUCUUUAUUAUUUUCAGUUUUACUUACCAUAGAAAUGUAUGGUGAAACAACUGAAAAUUAUUUUAUUAUAUCCAUGUCUAAACCAUUAUUAAUGCCUAUACUAUUACUUUUAUUCUUAUUAAAUGCACAUAAAAAUUUAUCUCUCGAACGUAUUUUUGUUGUAAUAUCAUUGGUAUUUUCCUGUUUAGGUGAUAUAUUAUUAAUGCAACGUCGAAAUGAUUUAUUUGUCUAUGGUUUACUUUCUUUUUUGAUUGUUCAUAUUAGUUAUGUGAUGUCAUUUAUGGUUAGACUUCACCAUGAAGGAGAUGCAUUGAAACGACGAUUAACUAUAUCUGCAAUAAUAAUUGCAUUAAUUCCAUUUAUAGCAUAUAUAGCACUUAUGCUCUAUAUACUUUGUCCAAAAUUAAAUACAGAUGCAGAAGAAGUCAAAGGUUUACUUAUGCCUGUAAUAUUUUAUACAUUUAUAAUUGUUGGUAUGGCUUAUAUAUCCUAUUUACGUGAUCGAAAAUCUCCCGGGUUUUGGUCAGUUUUUAUUGGUGCAAUAUUUUUUGUUUUGUCAGAUUCAUUUAUAGCUUUCAAUCGAUUUGUUAUACCUAUACCAGCAUCAGGUUUAUUCAUUAUGUUUACAUAUGGUUUAGGUCAAUAUUUAAUUACAAUCGGUACUUUACAAAUAACUAUGAAACAUCCGAAAACUAUUUAA